CAGCCCCUUCACCAACACGUUCAAUGCGAAACAAUCUCUGUCUGGUUCAAUGUCCAUCUGAGCCGUUUGAAAAGUAAAGAUGUAUUUUAAAGAAGUGUUAAUUAAUGCGUUCACAGAGAAUAGGAAAGCCCUGCUGUUAGCUGGAGGUGCUGGUCUUACUGUUUUCGGACUGGGACUUGGGUAUAAGUAUUUUCUCAAGCCGGAGAAAGUUGUCCGUGUGGGAGUUGUGUCACAGCUGCUCAUUCACCCACUGAAAUCGGGGAAAGCCGUGUCCGUGGCCCUCGCAGAAUGUCAACAGAUUGGUUUGAAGUGCGGUGAACUGCAAGAUCGACACUGGCUGGUGAUCACUGAGGAUGGUCAUUUCGUGACGGGCAGACAGGAGCCUCGCCUCGUUCUGGUAUCUCUGACCAGCGAGGGGGGGCAGACGUGUCUGAACGGACCAGACAUGGAGGAGCUCAGGUUCCCCCUACUGCAGCCCGACAACCCUGUCAUUGACUGCAGAGUGUUUAGUACAGACAUCCAGGGCAGGGACUGUGGAGACGAGGCGUCUAGCUGGCUGACCCGCUACCUGGGGGCAGGUAAAACCUAUCGCCUGGUGCACUUUGAACCCCACAUGACACACAGGAGAUCAGCGGAUAGCGAGCCUCUUUUUCCUCGCAAUGAAAAGAUAGUGUACAAUGACCUUGGCCCUAUCAUGCUGCUGUCUGAAUCCUCUGUGAAGGACCUGAGCAGUAGGCUGGAGAAGGAGGUCACCGUGGCACGGUUCCGACCCAGCAUCGUGGUCAGUGAUUGUGAUGCUUUUGACGAGGAUUCUUGGGAAGAUAUUCAGAUUGGCAAUGUGCGGCUGCACCGUGUGAUGGCGUGUGGGAGAUGCAUCUCCACCACGGUUGACCCUGAAACAGGAGUCAUCAGCAGGAAACAGCCACUGGACACACUCAAAAGCUAUCGAAUGUGUGACCCAUCCCAGAAGAACAUCUAUAAGACAGCACCACUGUUUGGACAGAUGUAUAUCGUCAGCAAGACAGGGGUGCUCCAGGUUGGAGAUGUGGUGUACAAGACCAGCCACUGAGAUGGAUGGAAGACUAGCUACUAUAAUAUACGCUUUACAUGUAGUAGUGUGAUGGCAUAGAUGAUUAGACAGUCACAAAAUAACAAAUAGAACAGAAUACCCGCUUUUCAUAUUUUGCAGUUAAAUCAUUCUUUCUAAGUAGGCUGAAGAUUAUGUAAUUAUAUGAGAUUAUAUGAGAUUAUAUGAGAUUAUAUGAGAUUAUAUGGGGGGAAAAACAUUUUUUUUAAUCCUUUUUAUGAUUGAGAACAUUUGUAAUUGGUUUUAAUGUGUGUUCUGUAUGAGCUUGAAAAGAUAAAUGUUUAUCGUGUAAAGGAAAACAACCAAUCAAACAGUGCUGAGAGGGCAAGUCUACCGGGGUGCGUUCAGUUCAGUAAAAGUUUUGCUACA